AACACUGUCGUGACGACAACAGUUGCUACAGCCAAGAUUGACACACGAGAACGCCUGCUAAGCUCGUCCGACAGGUCGUCAUGUGCCCGUCUGGCCCUAACUCAUCUGGUACCACCAGGCCUCGGUGUCUGGCUGUCCGUGUUCACCUGCCGCAACGGCUUCUACCGCAUUUUGUCCCGUCUCUCCUUCCGCCGCGUCUUGUAG